AUGAAUCAAACAUGUAAAGUUUGGGGUGAACCAGCAGCGGGAUUCCUUGGUGCCUUUACUUGUGAGGGCUGCAAGUCUUUCUUCGGACGAUCCUACAACAACAUCAGCUCGAUCAACGACUGUAAGAACAACAACAAAUGUAUCAUCAACAAGAAAAACAGAACCGCCUGCAAAGCUUGUAGGUUACGCAAGUGUAUGCUAGUGGGGAUGUCCAAGAGCGGGUCCAGAUAUGGUAGACGAUCAAACUGGUUCAAAAUCCAUUGUUUACUGCAGGAACAACAGCAGAAACAAAUGCAAGAGAAUGGAGAGGACGGUGGCAAUCAGGAGUUACUGCAGCCCCCGAUGAACACACCUGUCAGCAAUCAACAAAUGGGAAUGAGACUCCUGAGCGCCGGGUCUUUUCCUCCGCCUUUACUGCAUUUGCCCAGAACCAGAGAAGAACUCUUGCUUUUUGGAAUUGAAGAACCUCUCAGACACUCUGCAUCGCCUUCAGUUAGCAGUCCCGAAUCGCAUAACUCUGAUUCGUCCGUCGAAGUUCCAGAUGCUCGACGAUUACCACUCAUUCCAGGAUUAUUACCGCCAACGUUUCUUCCGCCGCCUGGAUUCCUGUUUCCACCUCCAUUCUAUCCAGGAUUACUCCAACCAGCCCUACCCAACCACACCAUCAAUAACAAUAACAACGAAAAAAUCGUGAGGACGGUGAAUCGUGAAGUCAAAAGAGAGUACUUAGACGCUGUACUGCAACUCCAACGUACCUCCACGCCCCCAGAAGAUCCAGAAGAUGACGAGGACGAGGAAGUUGAUGUAAAAACCAUCACCACGCCACACGUGAGUCCAGUACAAGACACCCCAAUUGAUCUAAGCAUGAGAUCUAUGAGCGAAAGAGGUUCAUCCCCAGCUCAGUCUGAAAGAUCCGGUAUUUCAGUGAUGACAGAAAGGUUUCAUGGGAGUGAAGGAGACGAGGAGAGCGACUGCGACUCGGAAAAUCGAGGUCUCAAAGGCCUAACGUUAGUCAGGCCCACUCCGUUGGAUCUGACGACUAAAGUCUGACCUUGUGAUGAUACGUGUUUUAGCUAUUUACUUAAUUUAUUUUUGGAACGAAUGAAACUUAAAGGUGAACGCACACUGAAUCGACUUCACCCGGUCCAUUUAACUAAGAGCUGUCGACAGUUUUUACUUUAAGAUCCAGACCGAUCGACGCGCGACGGUGGCGACGUCAAUUCAAUGCUCGGGGAUACAUU